UACAGCCCUUUCCCCCAGUUUUCUUAAAAGGUAAAAGGAAUCUGGGCGGGUGCAACAAGCAAUAAGACGGGGGAGCGCCGAGGUGCCUGACUCUGUAAACCCGGCAAGAAGAGGUCGUCUGCAACUGAAUUAUCCGAUUUGUUAUUUAAUGCGUUGCAACAACACAGACGGGAUGCCUCGAGGAGACUUCAACAUCUACUUUGCCAGCAGUCGACGUGGAUUUGUCAGAGCUGAGGAGGCAGUGGGUGUUGUGCUGCUGUUAAUCAUCCUUGCCGCUCUUGUUCUGCUGGGCUGCUGGUACUUUAAGAGGAGGGGCGGCUACAAAAAAAUCAGGAACACCAGGUCUGGGUCACCGACCCACACGGCAGGCCAGUACUCUGAGAGACCUUCUGCAGAAAACAAGAUGGCGCUCACAGACUUUAGCAGCCUGCGAUCUGUGAUGCCAAAUGCCCCUCCAGCCUAUGAAAAGCUCUCCUCAGGUCCACUGCCUCCUCCCUACUCACCUUAAAAACAGGACACAAGAGGACAGACACCCAGACAAGAAGGAAACCGAAGCACAAGUUCAUCUGACGCCACCAUCAAUGUACCUUAGCUGUUAAUGCAUCCAUUAAACAAUUUUGUGUGGCUAAUAUUUACACAA